AUGGCAACGCCCAAGUCAUAUACCGAGCCAACCUCCCCUUCCUCCUCUUCGUCAACUAUCAAACCAGACCCCAUGUCCAGUCCACCAAAUGAAAAUACCGCCUUACUUCCCCCUGAUCCCCACUCAUCGGAGACAAGGAAGAGAUGGAAUCUUUUCCCACCUGUUCGAAGGGUAUUCUUCACUUCGCUUUUGUUAUCUAUGACGUUCGCUUUCACUCAAACUUCCCUCAUCUACGCGUUUAGGGUGAUGACUUGCGAUGAGUAUUACAAGACUCACGAGUGGGACGGCAGCCAUGGAGAUCGAUGUAGUAUACCCCAGGUCGAGGGUAAAAGCGCAAGGGAGAUUGCUAUUAUGAGCACUACCACAACUACUUCCACCAUAGCAAACCUCUUCAUCUCGGGAUGGUUCAUCAAGCACUUCGGUGUCAAAGCAGCAAUGUUCCAGCAAACGUUCUGGGCGGCCCUGAGAAACCUCUGUCAGAUGUACGCCUUGAAGACUGGCGGUAAAGCUGGUAUAUUGAUCAUACAGUCUACUCAGCUGUUCAAUGUAUUGGGCUCAGCUGGCGGAUAUCAAAUUGCUAGUAAUGUCUUUGUAUCGCUUUUGGUGCCUUCGGAAGAAAGGACAAAGAUGUUUGGGGUAUUGACCGGUGUGAUCAUGUUGGGCAGUAGUUUGGGUUAUACUCUUGGUGGUCUUGCAUACAAUACGUACGGCUUACUAGCACCAUUCCAAUGUGCUUUCGGAUUACUAUGCUUCUGUACUAUAUUUGGUUCACUGUUCUUACCUUACCUGCCUCCCGAUAAUCAUACCAAAGAACCAUCUUCCUCUGCCGAUGUAACGAAUGAAAAGAAAAAACAAUCGUUCUUAGCCCCGUUGAAGAUAUUUAUACCCAAAAAGGUCGAGACUCCGGACGGCAAGAUCAAGAGAGAUUAUAAUCUGCUUUUGCUGGGUGCAGGAGCCUUCGUCAGCGUCUUAGCCACAGGGUACGUUCAUGUGGCUUUGCAACUGGUAGGAACGGACGCUUUUGGUUUUACACCCGGUGAGAGCGGUAUGAUGCUUUCCGGUAAUCUCCUCGUCAAGGCAUUCUUCCUUUCCAUCUGUUUCCCACGAAUCAUCACUUGGGGUCGGAAGCUUCUCUCUCAUCGUACCGACAUACCUUCUGGUCCAGCAACGGAUGAACACCCUGAAACUCCCCUAGAAGCGGAAGAACCAGAUGAUAUGGGUGCCCCAAGAGAAGAUCAAGCUCGUCAACCUACAGAUGUUCAACAUGGUUCAACUUUCGAUCUAUAUUUCUUGAGAUGGUCAAUCUUCAUUGACGGAUUACUCACUGGCCUCACCACGCUUUCGACAAAGGGUUGGCAUCUCUACCUCGCUGCUGGUGUAUUGCCUUUUGCAAGCGCAACUGGGUCAGCAUGUAAAGGUGUAACAUUAGACUUUGUUGAGGCCGAUCAACGUUCGGAUGCUUUAGGAGCUAUAGCAUUGAUAGAGAAGAUCGCUCAAGUAUCCACGAUCUCGUUGUUCGGUACUAUUUUCGCAGUGUUCAGUGAACAAGGCAGACCGACUUUGGUAUUCUUAGCUAACGGGGCAAUCGCCAUGUUAGCAUUCAUCUUGCUGCUUUUCGUGAGAAUGCCAAAACCAAAAGAUGAUACUGGGAGAAUCGUACUACCUGCUUAA